GACCGCAGGUACGACAUGCUGCCUUCAGUCCUCAGUUCAGACCUCUGCUCUCUGCUAGGAGGAGUCGACAGGUAUGCAAUGAGCGUGAUGUGGGAGCUCGAUGCCCAAACCCUGGACGUCAACAAGGUGUGGUACGGUCGCACACUCAUCCGCUCGUCCUACCAGCUGCACUACGAGCUGGCUCAGGCGCUGCUGAACGGAGAGGAGGCCGAGGUGGCGGAGCUCGUCCAGCUCGGGUCAGAGAAGAGAGACGCUAAGCUGGCCGAGCUCAAGCAGGCUCUGGAGACGCUGACGCACGUAGCAAGACACCUCCGAGCUAAAAGGGACAGAGGAGGCGCUCUGGAGCUGGAAGGAGUGGAGGUCCGAGCCCAGCUGGAUAAGGAGAAGAACAUCACGGCUCUGGUUCCCCGCCAGCCGCUGGAGGUGCACGAGACGGUGGCCGAGUGCAUGAUCUACGCCAACCACUGGGUGGCGCGUAAGAUCCAGGAGGCUUUUCCUCACCAGGCUCUGCUGCGGCUCCAUCCGCCACCACGGCAGGAGUUCUUCAACCAGCUGGUGGAGACGGCCACCGCCAGAGGAUUCACCAUCGACACCAGCUCCAACAAGGCUUUAGCGGACUCUCUGGACGCGGCCUCGGACCCUCAGGACCCGCAGGUGAACAGGAUGCUGAGGAUGUUGGCUACUCACGCCAUGUCUCAGGCUCUGUACUUCUCCACCGGUGCUCUGACCCAAGACUGCUUCUACCAUUACGGUUUGGCUCUGGACUUCUACACACACUUCACGUCACCCAUCCGUCGCUAUGCCGACAUCGUGGUGCAUCGCCUUCUCACUGCAGCCCUCGACAUGGAGAAGGAGUCGGCCUCCGCUAAAACGUUGGACACCAACAAAGAACUGGAACACAUUUCUCAGCACAUCAACGGCAAGAACAGGGCUUCCCAACGUGCCCAGCAACUGUCCGUGCAGCUGUUUCAGUGUCUGUACUUCAAAGAGAAAGACCCUCAGACGGACGAGAGCUGCGUGGCCGACGCUCUGAUCUACGCCAUCCGAGACAACGGCGUGCUGGUGUUCGUCUCACAGUACGGAGUUAAAGCUCCGGUCUACAUGAGGAAUCGGGAGGGUCAGGUGGUCUCUGCAGGACAGGACGGCAGCUGUGAUUGGCAGAGCGGCUCCGUGAGACGACACUCGGACCACAUCACCACGACGUCCGCCGGCGGCACUUCCACCUUCAGACUGUUCGACCACAUCACCGUCCGUAUCUCCGUCCAGUCGUCCCGUUGCCACGCCGACAGCCUGAACCUGGAGUUGAUCAGCAACAAGCCCCACCGUAGCGACGAGCCGCAGCAGCCUCGCUCCCAGCAGAGCCGCAGCCAGCUGGUGCAGGAAGUGGUCCGUCUGGAGCAGCAGAACCAGGAGAACAAGGCGGCUCGGCGGCCCAAACCCUCCAGAGAGGAGAGAGAGUUCUCCCAGAGCAAAACACCCAACCUGUACUCUCUGCUGGAGGAGAUCCGAGAGCUGGCACUGAUGGAGCCGAGCGUCAGCAAGCAGGUCUGCGCCUCGACCGCUUAGAGACGGGGAAGAAGAAGAAGGAGAAGAAGAAGACGACACAAGAAGAAGAAGAAGAAGAAGACGACACACAAGAAGAAGAAGAAGAAGAAGAAGACUGUAAGAGGUCUUUAAAUAUCAGGGAGGAGGAAUAUAUGCUGUAAAGAAACAUCACUUAAAAAAGACGUUUUUUCUCUUUUUUUUAAAUCAUGGCAGCAGAUUUUGUAGUAAUUUAUAUUAUUAUUAUUACAUUUGUAAAGCAUUAACGAGGUCUUAAUGGUUUAGAUUAAAACGAGAGGAGAGAAAUCUGAUUGUUCUGUGGAUGUUUUUUUAUUAAUAAUCCUCAAUUUUAACCCAAAGAGGGAAAAAAUGAGUUAGUUUAAUUUAAAGAGCAUCUGAGACUUCCUUCCCUCCUUCCUUCAUCACUCCUAUUCUUCCUUCUUCCUUCCUCCCUUCCUUCUCCCCCUUCCUCCCUCCUAUCCUUCCUUCUUCCUUCCUCCCUUCCUUACUUCCUCCCUUCCUUCCUUUCUUCUUUCCUCCA